AUGCCUUAUGAUCUAUUGAUAAAUGUUUGGAAAACAAUGUCGCUUUUACGAGUGUUUAGGUACGAAGCAACAAGUUUGAAGAACCUGGAGUUAUCACAUUCUGGUCGACUACAUGGCUCUAAACCUCUUUUGGAUUAUAUUCAGAAGAAAUACCGAUCUGUAAAAGAGGAUUCUGUACCAUUCAAAGCAGAUCACCGAUUCUCAAGACAGAGAUGGAAUCAACUGCCAACAAAUGUUCCUAACCCACAUUCUCCACAGAUGAAAUACAUUCAGAUGCAAACACAUACUACCAAUGUACCCAGUCGAUUAAAAACACCUCUACUCCUCCCGUUGGGCUCAACCAAGUUAGAGCCUCAGGAAGUCAGUGACAGAAUCUCAGGCAUGAUCUAUGGAGCUGCUAUUGGUGAUGCAAUUGGUUUAGCAACAAGAUGGAUGCAUCCUGAUGAAUCUAAAUUCUAUUAUGAAAAGAAAGAUUUAACUUAUUCUUCGAUAUUGCAAGACGAGCAUCGUGUUCAUUGGAAACCCGGUGACUGGACAUCUAAUUUUGAUAAUCUGGUUCUUGUCUUGGAUUCCCUUAUUGCCUGGGCUGGAGUUGUAGAUGAGUUGGACUUUGCAAAGCGUCUCAAGCAUUGGUCCAAACAUGGUUUUCCAGAUCUUGGUGACACAACUGGUAUCAUUUCCAGUCUUACAAUAAAAAAAGUUUUACAACAGAAAGGGUUUGAGCGAUCUCCACAUACAAUUGCUGCUACAGUUGUUAAUCAAAAGACAACAAGCAAAAACUGUGAAAAUGGUGAUUGUGCUCAGAAACAGACAGAUAUGCCUAGUGGUUUGAUUAGUCCAUUGAAUGAAAUCCUUGAUAAUGAUAAUGCUGCAAUUGCACGUGCUUCUAUCCUGGGAGUCAUAUGGAAUGGUUGUCUCUCUCUCUCUCUCUUUUCACCUGGUCCCAUCUUCUUUCGUCUUCUCCUGUGUAUAAGCAAGUGUCAUGUGGCAUCAGGCAAAGCAGCCGUCAACAGCUCAAUCGUUCUUAUCUCUCAUUUUUGCUCUCCAUCUGGUCAUCAUGAUUUGAAUUGUCCUGAAGCAGUUGAUGCAAUGCUUAACACUGCUGCACAUCAUUCUGGUCCACAUUUGAAAACAGAUGAGCAUAAAAAGGAACUAAAAUCUAUAUUAAAAAUAAAUUCUUUGGAAAGCCUGAAUGUUCGUGAAGAAGGCAGGAUGUGCCACACGUAUAAACCUUUGGGGUCUGCUGUGCUUGCUUUGAAAACAACUAAAGGAUACAAAGAUUUUAUUUCAGACUUGAUCCUUGAAGGUGGGGACAGUUCAAGCAAUGCUUGUGUGGCUGGUGCUUUGUUGGGCUGUAGACUUGGCUAUCAACAACUUCCAAGUGACUGGCUUUCUGGACUUCUCACAGACCAAGGAAACUGGCUCAAUGUUAAAGUGAAUUCUCUUUUGGACAUGCUUGGUCUGCCAUGA